AUGAUUUAUCUUCCGACGUCUCUACAGUCAUCUUCACUUCGUAUACAGCCUCUCGUUUAUGAUCCAGCAUUGAGUCGUUUUCCUUCUAAAACAUCAAUUUCAAUGAUUAUCAAAGAACUGAUGGUUGAUCAAUGGAAUCCUUCUUCAUCACAUGAAUAUUUCUAUGAAGCUUGUGCACCAAUAUAUUGUUCUUAUUCUCAAAGAAUUCGCAAGGAGAAUUUUAUUCGAGUAGUUAUAAUGCUAGUGUCGAUGAUUGGUGGCAUUGUAGCCUCUUUACGUAUUUUAACACCUCAUUUUGUGAAAUUUGUUUUGAAAUUUUUAACAAUGUUCAAGAAAACAUCAGAACAAGGUAACUAA